GGUCGUAUCAUAGCUUCCUUUUGGUUUGGUAUUGAAUUUCGAGAUUUCUUUAUUGCCGAUGUAUUGAACAGCUUAUCUUAUACCUUUGUUGCUAUACAACUGUCUUUUUGCUAUCCAUUGGACGGGUUUAAAACUCUCUGUACAGAUUCGAGUUACUUUUCAGCAAUUUCUACGAAUCUUACUGCGCCUUUUUUAAGCUCUAUCCCUGCAUGGUUACGUAUAGCUCAAUGUUUAAAGCGUCUUUGGGACACUAGAGAAAUAAUACAUAUGAUCAACGCUUUGAAAUAUGCGUCAACCAUAUUAUCAAUGGUUUUAUUUUGGUCGAUGUUAAGAGACAGUAAUAACGGUCUUCUAAAAGGAUGUUGGAUCAUAUCUCAAAUAUUUUCCUCUACAUAUACAUUUAUUUGGGAUGUCAAAAUGGAUUGGUCUUUAUUACAGAUUCAUUCUUCUAACUAUUUGUUAAGAGAUGAACUAGGAUAUAAAAACCCAGAUUUAUAUAGAGUUGCUAUCGUUAUCAAUUUGUUUCUAAGGUUUUCUUGGGUUCUGAUUUUAUUUUCGAGUGGCAAUAAAUAUUAUUAUGUUGUCGGAAUUAUAAUGGCCUUCUUAGAAAUUUUGAGACGUUGGAUGUGGAGUUUCAUCCGUGUUGAAAAUGAGCACGUCGAUAAUUGUAAAGGGUAUCGUGCCAUUAAAGAAAUACAUUCCCUUUUCAUUUAUUCUGACGGAAUAGUCGAGUCAAAUAAUGAAAAUUAUCCGGUUGACACAAUAGGUGUAGACGAAAGGUUAGAAGCUCAAAGAUCAAAAUUUGAUUCAAUAAUGAGAGGAUGGGUGAACCGGUCCAUGAGUAUGAGAGUUAGUAAAAAAAAUAAAUGGAGAGAUUUUAAUCCAAGAUAUGACAGGAAUGAAGAAUUUCGAAGGCUGCCUAUAUUCAAUGACAUAGAAAGAGCUGAUUCAGAUACUUUAUGA